GACGAUGUGACGUAAGACGUCAUGAGUUACGUUCAAUGCGGAAGUGCAAAAGAAGCUUCAUAUCAUUUCCAACAUCGAAAUCGGUUACGCCUGUAUAGUUUACACACGAAACCGAAGACAGUUAGUUGUCUGUACGAGCAGUCCAUUGGUUGGAAGCGAUGAUUGACUCAAGAGUAUGACUGUUAACCAAUCGUGAUGAAGGGGCGGGAGUUCUGGGAAUACGGUGAUCUGUCCAUCAUGCUCGGUGGUGGAUUCAAAGGAGAGAGACUGCGAGUCAAUCUCAGGCUCGUCAUCAACCGCCUCAAACUACUCGAGAAGAAGAAAACUGAAUUAGCUCAGAAGGCCCGGAAGGAGAUUGCGGACUACCUGUCGGCAGGUAAAGAUGAGCGAGCACGGAUCCGGGUGGAGCACAUCAUCAGAGAAGAUUAUCUGGUGGAGGCCAUGGAGAUUCUCGAGUUGUACUGUGAUCUGCUGCUGGCCCGCUUCGGUCUAAUCCAAUCUAUGAAAGAGCUCGAUCCUGGCCUUCAGGAAGCCGUGUCCACGCUGAUCUGGGCGGCUCCUCGCCUGCAGUCAGAAGUCGCCGAGCUCAAAAUCGUUUCAGACCAGCUGUGUGCCAAAUACAGCAAGGAGUACGGCAAGCUGUGUAGGACAAACCAAAUCGGAACAGUCAAUGACCGACUCAUGCACAAACUGAGUGUGGAGGCCCCGCCAAAGAUCCUGGUGGAACGUUACCUCAUUGAAAUUGCCAAAAACUACAAUGUCCCGUAUGAACCCGAUGCUAUGGUGCGGCCAGAGGUAGGAGAGGAAGCAGACCUCAUAGACGUGGACAGCGACUUUAAGAAGCACGGUGGUGGAGGCGGAGGUGGUGGAGGUUUCACUGCACCAGCUGCUGCUAUGCCCAUGCCUAUGCCCAUGCCCAUGCCAACACCAACAGCCUUCAACUACCCUCCACCCAAAGGAGCUGAGCCCUUCAGUGCUCCUGCUGGCACCUAUGAUGUUGCCUUUACCAACUUCCAGCCUCCGGUGAGGGGAGGGCAGCCUCCUCAGCUCCCCAGCUGCCCUCCAACCUACGAGUCUGUAAGUGCAAGUACUUGUGCCCCCUCCUCACCCUUCCAGACAGAGAUGGACGUCCUUUUGGCCUUUCAGGAAAGAGGAAUUGAUGAGUUGGCUAUCAAUUCCUCUGAUUCUCACCAGGUUGUCCCAGCCCCUGGCCCGUCUGCUCAGAUCUACGAUAACAACGCACUUCCCGAACUUCCCUCAGUUCCUGACACGCUCCCCAACUCGUCCUUGGGCGGCAAUCCCGGGGCGUCAGACGACAUCGACUUUGACGACCUGUCACGGCGCUUCGAGGAGCUCAAGAAGAAGACCUAAUCUCUCAAAAGCCCACGUCCGUCCAACUGUAUGCCUGGUUGAUGGAAUCUUCGGGAGAAGAAAAGAAGCCCUGGUCAGAAUAUUUACCCAAAAUCUUCAUCUGGAAGCAAUGAUUUCUAAUUACGUCUGACAUCAGUGUAACAUUUACCUCAUGCGAAAAAAAAUGCACUGGUGUCUUUCUGGUGGAGGUUAUUUUAAUCAUAACAUUGCAACAUGAAGGAUCUGAUGGAAUAUGAGCACCAUAAGUCAAGACUUUUCACUAGACUAUUGCUAUAAUCCCUUUUUUAAGCACUUUCCAUAUAUGGCCUUUCUGUAAUGUAAUGUAAUAUAAUAUAGCUAGAGCAUUGCCAUGCCCAGAUUGUGUGAUGUCAUGGUCAGGCCACCUUUUAACUUUGUUACUGUCAUGUACCUGGAUUUUUUUUCCAUUGAGUGAUAAAAGAACAUGAUUUAAAUAUUAAUAAUAAGAACGAUUUAAGCCAACCCCUAGUGUUCAUGCUAUGUCAGAGGUGUUAAAUGAGCCAGCAGUUGUUUUCAGUACUAACAGAACAGACGGGUUUAACCUGAUGCCGUUUAUUACACCCAGCGUCGAGGCAGGGACUUUCCCAAUGACUUAAUCCACCACGUGAGCUACGUCACGGCUCAACAGGGCUGAUCUGAUUUGUCAUGUGACCUGAAUAUCUCUGCAAUGACAUAGCUA